AUGAGUGAGUCAAAUGUAUUAGAGAUACCAUAUGACCAACGAGUUGGUUUAUCGGUCCGCAAUUUGUCAGUUGCAAUCAAGUCCAAGUUAAAGAAGCAAAAAAAAGAUUUUAGUAGUACAGAUGUAGAUAUAGAUUUGGAGACUGAGGAUUUCAAUCGCAAGUCUUCAAGGAUAUUGAAUGAUAUAUCGUUUGAUGUCAAGCCUGGUGAGUUGGUGGCUUUGAUGGGUGGUUCAGGUGCUGGCAAAACAACGUUGCUACACACUUUGUCGCAACGGACAAAUAUUAAUAACAAGAAGCUCGAGUUUUCAGGAAGCGUUACAUAUACAAGAGCCCCAGCUACUUCGUCGUCGUCGUUGUCGUCGCCCCAAGACUUUUCACAAUGUACCAUUAAACAUAUAAAGCAUGCCUAUUUGUUGCAAACGGAUUUUUUCCUACCAGGGCUAACCGUUUUGGAAACCUUUCAAAGUCAAGCUGAUUUGAGACUUCCCCCAUAUGUAUCUCGGCUGGAGAAAAAUGAACUAAUUGACUAUAUUCUCAAAGUGUUGAAUUUAGACCAUUUGAAAAACACGAGGAUAUGCCAAUUCUCACUGCUUGCUACUACUUUAUCAGGCGGCGAGCAAAGAAGAGUAAGCUUGGCUAUACAGUUAUUGUCUAGACCAUCUAUUUUGUUCCUCGACGAGCCUACAACGGGGUUGGAUACUUCGUCUUCUUUGAAACUUGUGCAGUUGUUGAAGAAAUUAGCAUCAAACGAAUAUGGCAUCACGAUUAUUUUGUCGAUUCAUCAACCAAGAGCAGAGAUUUGUGAUUUGUUUGAUAAGGUUUGUUUGUUGACCCUGGGUGGGAGAUUGGUUUAUUUUGGUGAUUUGAAGAAUCAAGCUUUGGACUAUUUUGGGAAAUUGGGCUAUAACAGCGAUUUGAAUAUUAGUCAAUAUGUUAUGAAACUCUCAGUUAAGGAUGCAUCAACUGUUGAGAAUGAGGCUGCAUCCGUUAAAAGAAUAAACUACUUGGUUGAUCAUUGGAAAUCCAUAAACGAUUACGAAUACAAUAGUAGUGUUAAGCUAGAUUCCAAACAGUUUUCUUCAAAUCUAAAGUUGUUUUCCACACCCAAAAGGGAUCAAAUAUCCCAUUUUCGACAACUCGUUGUUUUAACAAAACGGAGUUUCAAGACUAGUUAUCGUGACUACAAGAGUCUUUUGGUGUUGAAUUUUGGUAUAUUGAUUCUUGCAAUCACACUAGGAUGGAUGUUUUACCGUCCGAAACAUGAUCUUGCAGGUAUUCGAUCAUUGAUCUCAACGCAAUACGUAAUGUUGGAAGUUGUUGGAUUCUGUGCUAUGUUUAUCGAAACUGAAAGGUUAUGGAACACCGAUGGGGCUUGUUUUUUUCGUGAAUAUAAAGAACAUGUAUCAAGUAUACCAAAUUUCAUCAUAUCGAGAAGAUUAGCCAAAUUCCUAUUGGAAGAUUUACCAAUGACUGUUUUGUUCUCAGUCGUUACUUUUUUCAUGUGGGGCAUGAGAGUCAAUGAUGGAUCAUAUUUCGGGAUAUACUUUACCAUAGUCUUGUUAACGCAACUAUGUUGUAUGAGUGGUGCAAUUUUGAUGUUUGCAGUAGCUCCAAGUUUUCCCAUAACUACUUUACUUGUUAACUUAUUCUAUCAAUUACAAAAUUCGGCUUCAGGCUAUUUUGUUAAUGCUUCAACGAUGCCCGUUUAUGUUAAAUGGACCAAGUACAUUGCGUAUUUUUGGUAUGGAUUUGGUGCUUUGGUAGCGAACCAGUUUACCAACUGGGUAGGUGACUGUCCUUAUAACGAUUAUGAUGAUCCUAGAUGUGCUGAAUACUCAGGUAAUGUUCAAUUGGCCAUUUUGGGCUAUCCCGAAGGGUGGAUUGCUGAACCAAUUGGGAUACUUAUUGGAUGGGUUGUUGGUUUAUUGGUAUUAACUGGAGUAGCAUUGUACUUUAGAUCUUAUGAUGGUGGAAUGGCCAAGACCAAGAAGAAUAAAUUAGGUAAUGAAGAAGGUGAAGGUAUUCACCACCUUGAAGCUGAAAUGGUUGGGAGUAACGAAAAAACGGACCUCAUCGACAACAACAACAAUAAUAAUAGCAAUUGUUCCAUUGAAAUUAAUUUAUUCAAUAUCCAUUUGGCAAUCAGAGAGAAACCCUUUUUUGGCAAGAGUAAAGGUUUGAAGACUCUACUAAAUAACGUUAAUGCUACUUUCAAAGCAAACACGGUCAAUGCUAUAAUGGGCCCUUCGGGAAGUGGUAAAAGUACAUGCUUGAACUAUUUGUCAAACAGGUUAGACAGAUCAACAAAGUUUUUAUCAUCAGGAAACAUUAAAGUCAACAGUAUACAAAAUACAUCCCGCUCUGAAUUGAGCAAGAUUUCAUCAUAUGUAACGCAACACGAUAGUUCCUUAAUUGCAGAUUUGACUGUUCGUGAGACGCUAUAUUAUCAAGCGAGAUUACGAUUACCAGUAAGUCAGCGUUCUGCGAUUCCCAAGAUUGUCAAUAAACUAAUUCGACAAACUGGAUUGAUUGAUUGUGCUGACACAUUAGUAGGCAAUGAGUUUAUCAAAGGUAUAUCUGGUGGAGAAAAGAGAAGAUUGAGUAUUUCCAUACAGCUCUUAUCCAAGCCUAAGGUUUUAUUUUUGGAUGAACCUACAUCUGGGUUAGAUUCAAGCACAGCCGAAGCUAUUCUUGAAUUAUUGAAUGAGUUGGCUGUUGUAGCUGGUACCACGGUGAUUCUCACUAUACAUCAGCCAAGUGAAGAACUAUUUUACAAGUUUGGAAGUUUAUUGUUGUUGGGCAAAGGUGGCAAUGUAAUUUACAAUGGCACAACAAUUGGUGUGUUGCAAUAUAUGUCGCAACUUGGGUUUGUAAAUUCCAAAAACAAAAAUGCAGCUGAUUAUAUAUUGGAUUUGGUGAGCUCUUCAAAUGAUGAAGAUGAACAAGUUGUAGCUGACAGAAUCACAAAGUUGACCAAUAAGUGGGUAUAUCAAGAGACACUAAACGAGAAGAAUGAGCAUACAAGUAUAACGAAUAAUAGUAUCACUCUGGAUUAUCAGGUAAUUGAUUUAUCAAAAUUUUAUUUCAAAAGAUUACCGUUUUUGUACACGUUUCCCACGAUUACCGAAAGGCAGUUUGUUACAUCUUACAGAUCCAAGGAUAGUGUGUUGAGUAGAAUGGGUCAAACAGUAUUUCUCACCAUUGUACAUACAUUAUUUUUUGCCCCAUUGAGGAAUACGCAAGAUGGUAUAGCUAAUAGACUAGGUUUGAUUCAAGAAGUGCUCAACUUGUACUUUGUUGGUUUAGUUAAUAAUCUCAGUCUAUACCCAUUUGAAAGAAAUUUAUUUUUUCAAGAAUAUCGAGAUGGGAUAUACGGAGUCACCGAAUUUGGACUCUCCUAUUUAUUAAAUGAGUUACCAACAGAAAUAGUUCCAACAUUUUUCUUUUCAGCGUUGAUUGUAUUUGUUUGUGGAUUACCGAGAAAUGCUACAAUGUUUUUUUCAAUGUUUGCUACUGGGUUUGUAUCGAUUAAUUGUGGUGAAUCCUUGGGUAUAUUUGUGAAUAGUGUGUUCAAGCAUAUGGAAGUUGCAGCUAAUAUCUUAUCAAAUAUCAUCAUUAUAGCAAUAUUCAUGGGUGGUACCAUGUCUCUCCAUAUGCCAGGCUUUUUCAAAGGUAUCAAUUACAUUAGUCCCAUGAAAUAUGCCGUUUCCAUUUGUGCAAAUUUAGGAUUCAAGGACCAAGUUUUUGACUGUGAUGUUGGAGAGUGCAGUUUGAGAACUGGACAAGAUGUAUUGGCUUCUUAUAAUUUAGAAGCAAACGUAGGUGCAAUGUUUGGAGGAUUGAUUGCCUGUCUUGUAUUGUACCGAGUUGUAGCAAUUGUUUCUAUUUAUGUUAGAGUUAAAUGGUUUUAG